AUACUCACUGGCAGAACUGGGCAAGUGUAACCGGACAGAGAUGGAGAUUGAUUUGCAGAGCUCUGAGCCUGUGUAUCAAAGGAGACGGAGACUGAGUCCAGGGGAUCGCGACAUCAAUUGGCCAAAUGCAAAGAGGUGCUAGCAGCCAGCUUGAUUCAAGAAUCAACAUCAGAGUAUGCAGCGGCAACUGUGGUAGCGGUACACAAGUACUUGACAGGAGAAAUGCUAGCAAGACGGAUGUGGGAGGAUUAUCGAGGCCUGAACCGCAUGACGAAGAGCGAUAGGUACCCCAUGCCGAUGGCGGAGGAGAUUUUUGACAAGCUGGCGGAAGGGAGGAUUUACUCAACUUUAGACCUCCGGCAGGGAUUCAAUCAGAUCCCGAUCAAGGAAGAAGAUAAGGCCAAGACCGCCGACUAUCCAAAGAAAUGCCACUUCGGGGUUACGACAGUAGCUUACCUGGGGUUUCAGGUGGGAGAAGGCGGGCUCUCGGUGCAGCAGGCGAAGGUGGAGGUGGUUGACAGGCUGAAGGCGCCCACGGAUUGUAGCACGCUAAGAGCGCAGCUGGGAUUCCUGAGCUACUACCGCAGGUUCAUCCCGAACUUCAGCAAGACAGCCAAGCCACUAAGUCAGUUGUUGAGAAAGGAUGAAGGAUGGAAGUGGUGGAAAGAGCAAGAGAGAGCAUGGACCACCCUCAAGGAGGCCGUGAAGACGGCGCCGCUGCUGAAGCUGCCUAACCCAGACGAGCCUUUCCUGCUGUACACAGACUGGAGCAGCAGUGGGAUGUGCACCGUGCUCUGUCAGGAGGAAAAAGGAACAGAGAGGGUGGUGGCGUACGUCAGCAGGUCAUGUAGCCCGGCGGAGAGCAAUUAUAGCUCGUACGAGGGAGAGGGGUUGGCGGCAGUGUGGGCGGUAGAGCUGUUCCGGCCCUACUUGCAGGGGAGGAAGUUCACGCUGGUGACGGAUCACCAACCACUGCUCUGGCUGAUGACGAACCAAACCCUGAAGGACCGGAACGCUCGAUGGGCUAUGCAUCUACAGGAGUUCGAGUUCGACGUGAAGCAUCGACCGGGGAAAGACUUUGCAGCAUGUGGAUGGCCUAACUCGCCAGAGGCAAGAGGGAGACGAGAGGAGAGAGGUGCGGGCAGAGGCCGCACUUACUUGUAUGGCGGUGGCCCUGGAGAAGGAGGGAUGGAACCGGAAGACAGAGACAGCAAAGGGCAGUUGAGAGAUUUGGGAAGACCAGCCAGUGCUCGCCUGGGGUUCAGGGCAGGGGACCGGAAGGGGAAGAAGUUCCUGAGAGGGUGCGAGUGCGGGGGGGUGCAUUACCGAUGGCAGACGGAUCAGCAGCAGCUGGUGACAGAAGAUGGGUGGCGGAUAGUGCCACGGCCAGAGGAAAGGGAGGCCCUGAUCGUGAAAGUACAUACACAGUUGGGGCACUAUGCCGUGGAACGGACCGUACAGAUGCUGCAGACCAUGUACUGGUGGGCGGGCCUGAGAAGAGAAGUGAAGGAAGUGCUGGCCAGAUGUGAGCCAUGCAGCCAGAGCAAGGCAAAGCUGGAGCGAACCAAGGCAGAGCUGCAGUCUCUACCCAUCGGUUCAAUCGGGUAUCGCUGGUCCUUAGACAUGGUGGGGGAAAUGCCGCUAUCUCGGCGAGGCAAGCAAUACAUUCCGUGAUGAUCGAGCUCACGAGCAAGUGGAUAGAGGUGGCAGCACUGGCAUGGAAGACAGCAGCAGCAGUGGCAAAGGCUUUCACCCAGCAAGUCGUAACCAGGUCGGCGCAUGUGGGGAAGUUCUGACGGACAAGGGUGGAGAAUUUGCGGGAGAAUUCCACGGCCUGCUGCAAGAGCGGGGGCGCAGGGCAGACCGAGAGGGGGCAUGAGUCAGGGGAGUCGAAACUCAUCACAUACAAGCGUAGGGAAGGCAAAGAAUCUUAGGAACCAGGUUAGGCAUUGCAGAUGAGAGCUGCGGGGAGGGGAGGAGGCUAUGCGACAGCUGUCGCAUGAACCUCGUUGUACCCGUUACCGAGUUUUAUGGGACAGCGCGGGAGGUGCAGGUGCGGAAUUAGAGGUUCGGAAAAUGUUGUAAGCAAGUGUAUAUAGUGUACAUAGCCGACGAAUCUUUCAAUAAAGGUACAGUGAUGGGCGAGCUGGGAGCGGUUGGCCAGCUGGGAAGGAAGCAGGUUGGGGCAUGACACGUAAGUAAGCAUGAGGAGCGGUUUGGGCAGUAAAAUCAGCGAAUGAGAGAGGUGAGUCGAUGGCAGGAAUCAGGGUGAAUGAGGCAUGAGAGUGCGAAAGCAUCAAAAGCUGUUAUGUUGAUAUGCAAUAAGAAUCUGGUGACAGG